CUGACGCUCAUCAAGCCUUUUCACACUCAGCCGCCGAGUUUAAUGUCACACACGCGCGCUUGUUGAAGUUCAAAAUGAGGAGAUGCGCUUUAAUUUGCCUUUGGAUCGCUGAGCUCGUCCUCGGUGGUUUUCACAAGGACGCACCGACUCUCGGCUCCAAAAACAGCCCGAGGCGCUUGAGCCAAGUCCGGGGUGAAUAUAAUUAUCCAGCCGUUCAGAACCACAGCGUCCUCUUCUAUCGUGAAGCCUCCGGGGAGAUGUAUGUGGGGGCGACGGACUUUGUUCUACAACUAGAUGUGAAAAACCUUCAGUUCAAAGAGAAAUUUCCUCUGAAGGCAACGGGGCAGCAGCAGUGUGGAGAGGGUCCCUGUGAGAACGUCAUCACCGUCAUCGAGGAGUUCCAGGACAGCCUGUUUGUCUGCGGUACCAAUGGACACAACCCGCAGUGCUGGAAACUCUUUCCAUCGGUUCACAACCAGUCCCAUGAAACAAUGAAGAGCUAUGAAGGGAUGGGCAUCUCUCCCUUUGUGUACACCCAGAACUCCCUGUCCCUCACAGUCGAGGGCGACCUGUAUGCUGCAGCACCACUGGAUGCGGAUGGAAGUUCACUGCAGUUCAGGAGGAAAGCGGGAAGCAGAACUAAUGUGUGGAUGCACGACAGCUGGGUGUCAGAGCCCACAUUCGUCUCUGCCUCCUGGGUGAAGCGGCAACAAGACCCUGAGAAUGACAAAAUCUACGUCUUCUUCCGUGAGAAGAACUCGGACCACAGCCCCGAGGCCGAUCCCUGGAUCUCUAGGGUGGCCAGGAUCUGCAAGGUGGACGAAGGUGGAUCCAAAAGGUUCUUCCAGAACAUGUGGACCUCUUUUCUGAAGGCCCGGCUCGUGUGCGGGUUCCCAGACGAGUCGCUGUACUUCAACCACCUCCAGGACGUGUACGUGAAGCCGGCCGAUGCCUGGCAGGAAACCAGAGUCUACGGCCUCUUCUCCAGCAGCUGGAACUCGACAGCAGUUUGCAUCUAUUCCAUAGGAAUGAUUGAAAACAUAUUUGAGAACUCAACAUUCAAAGGGUUCAACCAAGAAGUUCCCAACCCAAGACCGGGAACAUGUGUGAGAAACAGCAAGGAGCUGCCUCUCGCCACCGUUAACAUGGUGAAGGAUCACCCAGAGAUGAAUGACUGGGUCCACUCCCUGCACCGCGCCACUCCCUUUUACACCAGCAGCAACAACUACACCAAGUUAACAGUGGACCAGGUCCGAUCAGCAGACCAGCAGCUGUAUAACGUCCUCCUCCUGGCCACUGAUUCUGGGAAGGUCCACAAGGUCUUAGAGGCCGGAUCCGAACCUUUCAUCAUCUCGGAGACGCAGCUCUCCAGCAGUUCGUCCCUACAAUCGAUGAAGCUUGACUCCAGAAAGAAAAUGUUAGUCGUGGGUUUUUCUGAGAAAAUCUCCUUUGUGGACCUUCAGAGGUGUCAGGAGUACAACAACUCCUGCGCCGAAUGUGUUCUGGCCCGGGACCCAUACUGCGCCUGGACCGACACCGGCUGCAGUCCGACAGUCCCUGGGGCCAUUCAAGAUGUCAAGAAUGGAAAUAUAUCUGUGUGCCCCCCAACAAAAGCGGACCAGCGUCAAGCAAAGCGAAGGAGGCGGGACGCGGAUUCGGAGCCAGAGGACGUGAGCACAGUUCACUCGGUGCCGCUGGGCAACUCCUUCUACCUGUCGUGUCCCAUAGACUCGUACCACGCCACGUACACGUGGGAGCACGACGGGCACACCCGGCCCUGUCUGCAGAUGCAGUCCGACUGCCUGCACCUCAUCCCGGCCAUGACGCAGGACAACUAUGGCACCUACAGGUGCGUCUCCAAAGAGAAGGACUUCACCCAAGUGUUGAGAACAUAUGAACUCAAAGCCCAAGAGCCCCCGGAGGUGUUCAGGAGGAACGUGGCCCCCGCAGAGAGGAACCACGCCUCGGCCGUGGCCGCGCAGAUGGGGUGGCUCCUGUACGGACUGACUGCAGCAGCGUUGGGGGUUUUCAGAUAGAGUAUGCGCUAAUAGCUACUCAAUUUAUCCUAGUUGCGCUCGUGCUAAUGCGCUCUUGCUCGUCAGGCCAGGAUGCUCCCCAGACACUAACAAACACCCGCGAAGCUCUCACCUGAAGCCCCCAGUCGUGUUAGUCGCGUAGCUGCCCUGACCAGGUCGACGCUGCUGAGCAGCCCCCGGCCCGCUGGUUGCUAACGGCAACUAACGCAGGAGAGGAACCCGCCCCGCCCACCAGUCAAAACCCAUCACACUGACAGAUUUUGUAACUAAAGGGAAGGGUAGAGGCAGCAAAGGGCCCAUUACAUUUCCCUGUUUUGUUUCACCCCAUCAGUCGUCACAACAGUCUGAACUUCAAAUGAAUUUUACAAUGAGUAUUAGCGAAUUUGCACAUAUAUUUAGGUAAACAUUAUGAAUAUUUAUAUUUCUAAUAUAAUUAUAUUUUGUAUUGUGGUGUUUUUAUAAGUUCUUGUAAACAUUCCAGUUCUGCUGCUGCUAAUAAUAGCAAUUAUUUAGUAAUAUUCUAUAUUAAUAUUUUUUUGUCUAAUACGUCCCUGUUGCAGUAUAUGAUACUUGUCUCUUUUGAGAAGGAUGUGGCUUCAUCAGACAGGGCAAAGUCAGACGUGUACUCUAAUCAGAGCAGGUUGAGGAUUUAAAGCUUAAGCCGUUUUAUUCCUGGAUCUGACGUCUGAACACUAAGGAUGUCAUUGUGAGUACAUCUGACAGUAACAAUGACACUGGAGCUGUGUGGCCAUUAAUCUGUUAAAAUUUCGAUGUUUCUGUGUUUGUUUUUGUUUGUUUAUAUUGUAUAUCUUCAAACAACAUCCUGAAACAUUAUACAGAAGAGUAACACAUUGGUGGAGAGACAUAACAAAUGCAUCACUACUGUAGCUUCGUUACCCACCAUGAGCAAUAUAUGCGUGGCAUAAACGUGCAGUAUAAUUAGAUGGAGGCGUGAUGGCAUUAUAGAAUGAUGUCAUCUUUAUAUUCAUGUGUUGCACACAACACAAGCUAGGAUCAUGUAUGAAUCUAAUGCUGAAGUCCAACUAUGUUGGGUUUGGUCAAAAUUAUGACUCAAGUUCCCCGAACUGCACAGAACCCAGCCCUUAUGUUCCUGGGUGGGAUUCUUACAUUUCACAAAAACAAUGACAUAACAUGUGUCAUAACAUAUGACAUAACAUAUGAAUAUGCUGGUUUUAACUGUGUUUUUUGCCUGAGGUUGUACGACCCGUGUUAGCCAGACAAAACGGGUGGGUCCACAUCCUGUGUCUCAUUGUUCAGUAAUCAGGUCCAGGCCACAUUAAAACACACCAUGACGUCUGUGGCUGAAACCGUACGACACCCACCUGACCUGAGCCACAAAUAGCAGAGGUUGUUCAAAGUUCGAGACGGAGUAUAAACAGGUUUAUUUAUCUCCAUUGUUUAUGCCUACGUGACUCACAUUAGACUGUAAGAAUCUCUCUGUGGCUUCAGAUCCAGGCUCUCGCUGCUUGAGCUGCAUCAUGAGGUCUCAUGAGUUUUUGGAUGCAACCGAUGCUGCACUGCUCAGACUAGAAGACUCUGACUUUCAGAAGGUCUGCUUUAGGACACUUUUAGCACCUUUGAGUGUGGGUGCUGCUUUCAAACUCACUCCAGAAUGUGGACAUGACGACCUUGUGCAUCUGGUCUCUAUUGUGUUGAUAUGACUAUAAAUAAAUCUUAACAAGAACAUCAGA